CUUCCCUCUCUUCUCUCUAGUUGUGUUGUGUACCACUCUCACGCUGACUCCUCUUCUUCACCAACGUCUCUCUCUCUCUCUCUCCAGACAUUGAAGGCUCAGAUUCACGAUGGCUCCCGCAGCAGAUUCAGUAAAAUCUAGAGAUGUUUGCAUCGUGGGUGUCGCACGUACACCUAUGGGUGGCUUCCUCGGUUCUCUUUCUUCCUUACCUGCCACAAAGCUUGGAUCAAUAGCUAUCGAAGCUGCUCUGAAGAGGGCAAAUGUUGAUCCAUCCCUUGUCCAAGAAGUUAUUUUUGGCAAUGUCCUUAGUGCAAAUUUGGGCCAGGCGCCUGCUAGACAGGCCGCUUUAGGAGCGGGAAUCCCUAAUUCUGUUAUUUGUACCACAGUAAACAAGGUCUGUGCAUCAGGAAUGAAAGCGGUGAUGCUUGCUGCUCAAAGUAUCCAGUUGGGAGUCAAUGAGAUUGUUGUGGCGGGUGGCAUGGAAAGCAUGUCAAAUGUUCCGAAAUAUCUGGCGGAAGCAAGAAAAGGAUCUCGUUUUGGCCAUGACUCUCUUGUAGACGGAAUGCUAAAAGAUGGACUCUGGGAUGUUUAUAACGACUGUGGAAUGGGAAGUUGUGCAGAACUAUGCGCCGAGAAAUAUCAGAUAACAAGAGAGCAGCAGGAUGAUUAUGCCAUUCAGAGUUUUGAGCGUGGAAUCGCUGCCCAGGAGGACCAUGCCUUUACAUGGGAAAUUGUUCCGGUCGAAGUUUCUGGAGGAAGAGGAAGGCCAUCAACCAUUGUUGAUAAGGAUGACGGUCUUGGAAAGUUUGAUGCGGCAAAAUUGAGGAAACUUCGACCAAGUUUCAAGGACAAUGGAGGCACUGUUACAGCUGGAAAUGCAUCUAGCAUAAGUGAUGGUGCAGCUGCUCUUGUCCUAGUGAGUGGAGAGAAGGCGCUUCAGCUCGGCCUUCAAGUACUUGGAAAAGUUAAAGGGUAUGCCGAUGCAGCCCAGGAACCAGAGUUUUUCACAACUGCUCCUGCCCUUGCCAUUCCGAAAGCUAUAGGACAUGCUGGUUUAGAGGCUUCUCAAAUCGAUUUCUACGAGAUCAAUGAAGCAUUUUCUGUAGUAGCUCUUGCAAAUCAGAAACUACUCGGGCUUAAUCCGGAAAAAGUGAACGUGAAUGGUGGAGCUGUCUCCUUGGGGCAUCCUCUAGGUUGCAGCGGUGCCCGUAUACUCGUCACCCUGCUCGGGGUGCUAAGGCAGAGAAAUGGAAAGUAUGGAGUUGGAGGAGUCUGCAAUGGAGGAGGAGGAGCUUCUGCCCUCGUGCUUGAACUUGUCUGAUGCGUUUGCAUCUUCCAGGUUCUUGACUCUGGGUUUGUUCUCCAAAUUUGAAGAGCUGUCUGUCUGUUUGUUUUUCAUCGAUCUAUUUCGUCAAAUAAAGUGAGAGUAGUGAUGAUGUUUGUUCACCUGAGUUAUUGUACUUACUGUACGGACAAGAUUCCGUGGAAUUUAAUGAUGUCUUAAUUUUUAGAAACCUAAAA